UCGGCCCGACCCCCCUCCGCAUUGAUGACGAGGAGCUUUCUAUUGUGGCCUUGGCCGGCGCGCUUGGCCUCUGCCAGGGUAUAAAAGCUGGGGGCCUGGGCGUUGGAGGAAUCAGCACAAGCCUGCCUCCCUCACUCUCACCUCAGCUGUACUAACGCAGAACUACUCCACCAUGUCCCAGACCGCCAAGUCCGCCUCUAGCCAGGGCACCGACUCCAAGGAGAAGGGUACCCCCAACCCCGCUGCCCCCAGCAAGGCCAGCAAGACCGGAGAGCCCGCCAUGGGAAACUUCAAGAUCAUGAUGUUCGACCAGGAGAACUUCCAGGGCAGGAUGAUCGAGGUCCAGAACGAGUGCGUGAACGUGUGCGACAGAGGCAUCGACAGAGUGCGCAGUAUCAUUGUGGAGUGCGGCCCCUUUGUUGCCUUUGAGCAGACUAACUUCCGUGGGGAGAUGUUCAUCCUGGAGAAGGGAGAGUACCCUCGCUGGGACUCCUGGAGCAACUCUUACCGUAGCGACCGCCUCAUGUCCAUCAGACCCAUCCGCAUGGACAGCCUGGAGCACAAGAUCUGCCUGUUCGAGCACUCUGACUUCAAGGGCAACAAGAUGGAGAUCCAGGAGGAUGACGUUCCUACCCUGUGGGCGCAUGGCUUCACCGACAGGGUGGGCAGCGUGAGGGUCCCCGGAGGAGUGUGGGUCGGAUACCAGUACCCCGGAUACAGGGGCUACCAGUACCUGUUCGAGUGCGGUGACUACAGACACUACAACGAGUUCAGCGCCUUCCAGCCCCAGAUCCAGUCCAUGCGCCGCGUCAGGGACAUGCAGUUCCACCAGAGGGGAUGCUUCACCCUGACCUCCGCCAGCAAGUGAGCGACAUCAGCUGGCCAUCGGCUGUUACUGCAGCCCAAAGCCUUCGACCCGCCCACCACCAACCGCCCGUGAAGGCACUUUCUAUUCGCCCCCCCCCCCCUCCCCCUCCAGACCGAAACAUACCUUCCCGACCUCCGACAUCUUCACUGUACCAGACAGACUGAAAUGACUUUUUAUGGUGCCAAAAUAAACAUGUUUUGAGAAACGUGAA